AUGUUAAACGUUGAUGAUUUAGUGUCUGAGCAAGCAGUUAAUGUAGAAGCUGAGAAAGAGAAGGUUCUUGAUGAUGUUGAAGGUGAUGAUGUCAAUAAAAGUACAACAAGCUCCUCGAGUUCUUCUGAUGAUGAAAUAGAUGAGACUGAACGUUUAAGAAGAAUUCAAGAAGCUACAGAGAAAGAGAAACAAUUAAAGAAGAGGAAGAGAGAGGAGAAAGAUGAUGCUGCAUACGUACCAUCUCCUGAGCAUGUUUCUAAAUCACAAUCACCUUCAAGCGGCAAAAAGAAAGCAGGUGCAAAGAAAAGGAUUGUAUCUCCGAAAAUCAAGAAAGUUACUACAAAGAUUACAAAGCCGAAGAUUGUGUUGAAGAAGAAACCAGCCAAAGAAUCCAGUAAACCAUCAACUCCACCACCUGAACCUACACCAAUACAAUCACCACCACAUCAAACACCUCCACGACAACAAACACCUCCACGACAACCAACACCUCCACAACAACCUUCACCACCAAAACAACCUACUCCACCCAGACAACCAUCACCAUUACAUCUUUCACCACUACAUCUCUCUCCACCACAACAACAAACCUUGCUCACAUCUCAAGAAAUAUUUCAAACACCACCACUUACUCAAAUUCAACUAACUCUUGGUUCUUCUGGCCACAUAGGUCUUCACAUUCCUCCGGAUAAUCUUGAAGAUAUUGGAGAUUUUGGAUUUGCAAACGAUGAACAAGUUAAGAAGUUAGAGAAGAAGAUGGAUGACGUGUUGAAUGAAAACAAAGUGUUAGCAACAGAAAGCAAGAAAGUUGCUGAACGGCAAAAGAUUCUCGAAAUGCGCGUGAAGAAAUUAGAGUCUGACAAAAAGGCAUUAUUAAAGAAGAUUGAUACAGAUCAGACUGAAAUUGAUUUUCUGAAAGUGCGAGUGGCUGAACUAGAAGAGGAAAAGGCUCGCGGAGAUGAAUAG